CAGAGGCGAGAGAAAUUGGGAGGCGGGAGAAAUCGAGGGCUGGAAGGAAGCGGGAGUCAGAGGAUGGUGCAGAGUACUUUGGGGAAGCCGCCACGCCGCGGCUCGGGUGGGCCGGGCUGAACUUGAGGGGGAAGAGGGAGCUGGGCGCGGGCCUGGUCUCUCCAGGGCGCCCCACCGCGGCCGCGAGUGUCGGAAGGAGCAGCUGGGCAGCCAGUCCGGGCAGGUCCCCGGGGCGCCCCCAGGGGCGCUGAGCCCGGCCGCAGGCAGGGCAGCCAGUAGUGCGUGCGGGCCGUGCGCCCUGGGCGCUCCGCGAGCUGCUGAGUCCUGAGGAGUCUGAGCUUCUGGUCCUGCGGGCAGCAUGGCCAUGCACGCCCUCACCGGCAUCUCGCUCGUCAGCCUGCUCAGCUUCGGCUACCUGUCCUGGGACUGGGCCAAGCCGAGUCUGGUGGCCGACGGGCCCGGCGAGGCAGGAGAACAACCCUCGGCGGCCCCCCCUCAGCCUCCACACAUCAUCUUCAUCCUCACGGACGACCAGGGAUACCACGACGUGGGCUACCACGGCUCGGACAUCGAGACCCCGACUCUGGACCGGCUGGCCGCUGAAGGCGUGAAGCUGGAGAAUUAUUACAUCCAGCCCAUCUGCACGCCUUCGAGAAGCCAGCUUCUCACGGGCAGGUACCAGAUCCACACGGGACUCCAGCACUCCAUUAUCCGGCCCCGGCAGCCCAACUGCCUGCCGCUGGACCAGGUGACAUUGCCCCAGAAGCUGCAGGAGGUUGGCUACUCCACCCACAUGGUGGGCAAGUGGCACCUGGGCUUCUACCGCAAGGAGUGUCUGCCCACCCGGCGGGGCUUCAACACCUUCUUGGGCUCACUGACGGGCAAUGUGGACUACUACACCUAUGACAACUGUGAUGGCCCGGGCGUGUGCGGCUUCGACCUGCACGAGGGUGAGAGUGUGGCCUGGGGGCUGAGUGGCCAGUACUCCACCCUGCUCUAUGCCCAGCGUGUCAGCCACAUCCUGGCCAGCCACAGCCCCCGGAGGCCGCUCUUCCUCUACGUGGCCUUCCAGGCAGUGCACACUCCGCUGCAGUCGCCCCGAGAGUACCUGGCCCGCUACCGCUCCAUGGGCAAUGUGGCCCGGCGCAAGUAUGCGGCCAUGGUCACCUGCAUGGACGAGGCAGUGCGCAACAUCACCUGGGCCCUCAAGCGCUACGGCUUCUACGACAACAGCGUCAUCGUCUUCUCCAGUGACAACGGUGGCCAGACCUUCUCGGGGGGCAGCAACUGGCCACUGCGGGGCCGCAAAGGCACCUACUGGGAGGGGGGAGUGCGUGGCCUGGGCUUUGUCCACAGCCCUUUGCUCAAACGCAAGCGUCGCGUCAGCCAGGCAUUGGUGCACAUCACUGACUGGUACCCGACGCUGGUGGGCCUGGCAGGGGGCAGCGCCUCGGAGGCCGAUGGGCUGGAUGGCUACGACGUGUGGCCGGCCAUCAGUGAGGGCCGGGCAUCGCCUCGCACAGAGAUCCUGCACAACAUUGACCCACUCUAUAACCACGCCCGCCACGGCUCCUUGGAGGGUGGCUUUGGCAUCUGGAACACAGCAGUGCAGGCUGCCAUCCGUGUGGGUGAGUGGAAGCUGCUGACCGGGGACCCUGGCUACGGGGACUGGAUCCCCCCACAGACACUGGCCGCCUUCCCCGGCAGCUGGUGGAACCUGGAGCGCAUGGCCGGUGCCCGCCAGGCAUUAUGGCUCUUCAACAUCAGUGCUGACCCCUACGAGAGGGAGGACCUGGCUGAGCGGCGGCCAGACGUGGUCCGCGCCCUGCUGGCCCGUCUGGUCCACUAUAACCGCACCGCUAUCCCUGUGCGCUACCCAGCCGAGAACCCAAGGGCCCACCCAGACUUUAACGGAGGUGCCUGGGGGCCCUGGGCCAGCGAUGAGGAGGAAGAGGAAGAGGAAGAGGAGGAUGCUCUGGCCAGGAAUCUGCUCCGUGGACGUCGCAAGAAGAAAUGCAAGAUCUGCAAGCUGCGAUCCUUUUUCCGGAAACUCAACACCAGGCUGAUGUCCCACCGGAUCUGAUGGGGGGUGGGGGAGAGGGGUUGGGGUUGCUGGUGAAAACCCCUAACCUAGAUGUUUUCCUGUCUCCAGCCUGGUCCUGAGAGCACUGCAAGGUCAAACCCCUGUCCGCAGGGCAAUAAGUGCAGACGCCAAGUGGAAGGAUGAGGGUGCUUGGCCUAGAGGUGGAGGGAAGUCUUUUACAUUGGGGUGCCUGGUGGCCCCCGUCUUGCCACAUCAUGGAUGGGCUUCACGACCUCUGGGGAUCCAUGCAACCUCUUUGAGUGUCACUUCUCUCCUCUGAGAUGAACUCUAGGAACUUCAUGCUUGGGUGGAGAGAUCAGCCAGCUGUAACCCCUCCUAGAUCCUCGAGGGCCUCACUCUUGAACCCUGGGCCUCUGAGUUACUGUCUAGGUAUGGGGAUGGUGGUGGUAACUCCCAGCCUGGCAAGCAUGAUGAUCUGGAGGGAUUCCUUCCUCCCCUGCUGAUUGUUGAAAUGAAGGUCAAGGGGUGACUUUCUAGGUCCUCAUGUGGGUCAGUCCUAGGGACAGGUGACAUUCUGGGGAGCUGUCUUUCCCCACUCUAAGCACCCAGAGGAGCUGGCCUGGUUGUUUGCCACUGUCUGGUUAAGGUUAAGGGUGGCAGCAACAGCUGUGAAAAGAGCCCACAACCAGUGAUCAGGUUCUCCAAUUUCUCUCUUGAUCUUGGGCCUUGUAUUCACCCUCCCAACUUAAGUUUCCCUACCUGAAAAUGGAGGUGCGAGUCCUGGCUCUGCCUACCUUGGUGGUCUGUGGCAGGGCAUUGGCUGUGGAGGAAGCUUGAACUUGAAUAAAAGGCAGGAAUCCAA